GCUCCCUGGCCCAUGAAAGCAACAGGGUUAGUAGUCAACGACAGCAACGACACCGGUACCGACCGCAUCCUGCACCCACGCAUCGCGCACGCCGUGCCGCAAGAUGCUGCUUAUCAGCAAUGCUGCAUCAAGCGGUCUGACGAUUUUGGCGACCCAUCUUCUUCUCCCCGAGGAGAUCUAACACAUUCCCGACCCCUCCAACUGUUGGCCAACCCUUAGAUCCCCUUGGGAGCUCGCCAUCGAUCGCCUUUCCCUUGGCCCCAAAGAACGAUGUCGCCAGACGGCCCCGGCAGCAGCAACAUCCGCGUCUUUGUGCGCUGGCACGAGCAGGUCGUCUUUGCGGGCGAGGAGGUCAAAUGCACAAUCACCUUCAAGAACGUAACCCGCGGCCCGGCGCCGGCCACGCCAACCGCCCAGAAGCCGCCUUCGCUGUUCCCCCCGCCGCCGCCGUCGUCGUCGAGGCAUGAGCGCGGUCCGCGGCAAUCGUUGCCCUCGAGCUUGCACCCGGGGGUCGGCGUCUCGGGGCGCCCGAAAUCCAACGCCGGCCUCGCGCCGCCCCCGAAUGUCCGCGGUCACCGGUCGAGCCUCUCCCUCUCCGUCCCGUCCGCCGCGUCCCGCGCCCGAACCGGUUCGGUGUCCUCUUGGUCCCAGCCGCCUGCUGCUGGGGGUCGGUCACAGAGCAAUGGUAAUGGCAGCGGCAGUGGCACUGGAAGUGAGAGUGGAAACGGUAAUGGAAAUGGGAGCAGGAAAGGACAUGGGCACAAGAGAUCGGUAUCCAUUGUCUCGGUCGGCUCCUUGAGCACCGUCGACGACGUCCAGAGCAGCGCCUCGUCUCCCAGACCGCACCGGCCGAGGGGACAUGCACGGGCAUCGAGUCUGCAGAUCCUGCCUCGUGGCGGUGGACUGAUCCCGAGUUCUCAGUCGUCGCCCCUCUUCCAUGCGUCAUACCCGCCUGAUAGGAGCAUCAAUGGCCGCAUGCCGGGCACCUUCCCACGGCGGUCUCCCGCGACGCCAAGCCCGCUGGCUGAGUUCAGGUUCCCCAUGUCAUCACCUUCGCCAUCGACACCCGCUAUGGUCGGAGGAUUGGCGGACGAGGACCCAACGAGCCCGACAACGGCGGAGCUACCUAUACGGCCGAAGGAUCCCGUGCCGAUCAUCAAUGAGCAAGGGGUGGCGCCCUCGGCAAGAGUGCUCUCGACCAUGAGCAUAGCAGGGACGCCGAGGAGUAGUGGCGAGUUCUACUCGCUCAGCAACAACUCGUCCGAGACGCUUGCCUCGGAGUAUGUGACGCAGCAGCCGCUGCGGACCCAAGUGCGCUCGCCCCACAGCAGGAGGGCGUCGAACUUCUCGUCGGGCUCAGCGCGGCCGCCCGAGUCGCUGAUGAUGGGCUAUGCACAGAUCCAGGGGUCCUUCACGUUGGACGGAUCGCUCAUCAACAUUGGGCCGUUCGAGGCGGUCAAGCGCAAAGCCGUAGUCGGCGGCCAGGGAGGCGGCGUCAUCGGCUUGGAGACGCCAAAACGCGACAGCGGCCUGCUGCGGAGCUUUGGAUGGGGCAACAUCACCAGCUCCAUUGGCGAGCUCCUGGGCGGGGGCGAGCUCAGCAGCAUCAAGGAGAUGCGCGGGAUUGCAAACUCGAGGUCGAUUCCGCUGCUAUCCACGCCGCAGUCGAUCCUGUUUGUCGAUCUGCAGCUGGGCCCCGGCGAGAGCAGGGCAUUUGAGUACUCGUUCAAGCUGCCCAAGGGCCUACCACCGACACACCGCGGCAAGGCCAUGAAGAUAUCCUACAGUCUGGUCAUCGGCACACAGCGGCCGGGCGGCACCAAAGAGAAGCAGGUGAAGUCCGUGGACAUCCCGUUCCGGGUGCUGGGGAGCGUCAAUAGCCACGGCGAGAUUCUAGGCCACGACCUGAUGUCUCCGUACAUCCUGCUGCGCGACCAGGCGCGCGUGCAGAGCGUCGACACAAAGACCCAGCAGAAGACCAAUAGUAACAACAUCAACAACAACAAACCCCCACCCUCUUCAACAUCCGCGUCAUCAUCCUCGUCAUCCACCAUGGCCUCCUUUCUCUCCUACGUCGACGACCUUCUGUCUCAACCGCACCACCACAACAACACCAGCAGAUCCCUCCUCAGUCCAAGCGCGACCACGCCGCUGACACCUCACUCGCCGUCCUCCUCGCGCCGCCCCUCCGUCCUCUCCCUAACCGACCACCCAGGGUCAUCAUCCCACUUAUCCCCGCCCACCGCGAAGGAAGCGAUCGACCUGGCCAUCCUCCGCGCAAACCUCACCUCCCCCAACAACUCUCAGUCCCCCAACCGCUUCGAGAUCGCCCGCAACGGCCGGCGCGUCGGGGUCGUCAUGCUCACGCGGCCCGCCUACCGUCUAGGAGAGGCGGUGACGUGUGUCGUCGAUUUCGCGGGGGCGCAAGUCCCCUGCUACGCGAUCCACGCCGCGCUCGAGACGAGCGAGCGGGUCGAUGCCAGCUUGGCGCUGAGGUCCGAGGCGAGCGUGCACCGCGUUACGAGGAAGGUGUGGGCGACGGGCAGCGAGGUGGUGUUAUUCGGCAGGAGGUGGGUCUUCAGUCCCACCAUCCCCGCGGGGGCUACGCCCGAGUUUGUGACCAGCGGGGUUGCGCUGGAGUGGAAGGUCAGGCUGGAGUUUGUUGUGCCUGUGCAACAGAUGCAGACACAGACUCAGACUCAGGCGCUUGGGCAGGGGCAGGGACAAUAUCAUGAAGAGGGAUGGGGGGCCCGCUCAGGGGAGGAGGAUCAUCCGCUGCUGGAGGAGAUUUCGAGGGAUGAGCGCGGCGGGCUGGUCCUGGUGGGCGUGGAGAACCUGAUGUGUGAGAGCUUCGAGGUGGCGGUGCCGUUGCGCGUGUACGGGGCCGCGUGUAAUGGGCUGGAGCGGCUGGAGCGGGAUGAGGCGAUGGAGGAGGGCUUGCCUGUGUGAGUGUGAGGGGGCCUAGUAAAGGUAGGGAGCGUGUUGGAUAUUUAAGUACCCUAGGUAAGGGUUGUUGUUGUUGGUGUUGUAGGGAGUUUGAGGGUAGGCUCACUGGCGGACUUUGAUGGGUAGCUAUGCCGCGGCUUGAAUAGAGGAGUUGUGUUGCGAUGGUAUACGCAGUGGUAUAUGCCAUGGCUUGGGCAGACCGUGAUGGUAAUGUGCGCUCGAAAGAUCGCUGGUUGACUCUACUGUGAACGCUGCUCUGGUUAAGUACAUAUGUACACUGGCAAUGUUAAGAGAAACCCCC